GUUCCUAAGCACGUUUAGACGUUGCCAUCGUAGGCUAAAUGCAAACGAAAACUUUAAAUACACUUGUUUUAAAGAUAGUGGUAUAAAUUGCGAUUGUUCAUACAAGCAUGUAAUCGACGACUCCUACUUCUUAGAUUUAACAUAAGGAAGAAAAAAAAAAACCACGAAUGUUAACUAAUUAAGCUGUAGGCGGUUAUAUUUCUGUAAGCGAUCGAUGUUUUAAUUGCAUUUUUUCGUAAUCAUUUGCAAUUCAGAGAUAAAAUAUUAUUCAAUUUUGCAAUAGCAACUCAAAUUAAAAUGACAGGAUUAAACAGGUUUAAUGGUGAUUGUCAUGGUCGGUAGUCUACGUGUUUCUUCGUUAUGAAAAUAUUGCUGCAGUUUUACGUAUCUGUUAGUCCUGUUUUACGCGGAGCGUCUUUCCAAGCGCGCAAAGAUUUUUGAUUUAGUAUAAAUAAAUAAAUAAAUAAAUAAAUACCAAAGCAUUUCAUUCAUUUUAAAUAAGUUUAAAUAUUUUUGUUAUUGUAUUCUCAUAAUUUAUAUAGACCUACUCAAAAGUGAAAUGCAACUGCUAUUAAUAAAUAGCUAUUGGGGGUGUUGCGGCCAAGCAGCAUCCUUACGUUCACCUGUCUGACAACAGGGACACUAAAAGCUUAAACAAAUGCUUAAAAGGUGUGUAUAACUCAGCCUGUGGCCUACGCCCAAUGUCUGUUUCUCAGAGGAGGUAUCAUUAUCAAGUGAAAGAGGCAAUCUGAGAAGCGAGGGCCAAGGAGCAGUGGCAAUAUGCUAAUACACCUGUACACAGUAUAGCCUGCCUGUUCGCUUUAAAUGAUGAAAAGAUCUUACCGGGCUGCAGCCCGCGGACUCCGCGUUUGGUUUCUCACUAGACUGUGCGCUGAUGGAGACGCGCUGGAGUUUCCGUUUGUAGGAACCAAGUACACUUUUGUCGCUUCAAAAGGAGCGUGUGGUCUAUCUACAGUGGUGGUGCAACAAUUCAAACAGACCCGCAGAUUAGUGGAUACUUAAAAGCAUGGAAAUUUUAAUUAUAAGACUUUAGUGGCAGUGAUUGAGCAUAAAGCAGAAAUUGGUGGCAGAAACCCAGUGAAGAGGGGGUGCAGGGGGGACGGGCAUUAUGGCGGAGUUCUGGCUGAUCUCGGUCCCCCUUGACAAGACCAGCCUGCAGUCCCUGGAGAAACUGAACCGUGCUGUGUCCACGACCAGGGUGGCCUCCAGCUUCAGGUUUCCUAUCCCAGACCUGAAGGUGGGCACUCUGGAUGUCCUACUUAGCGUCUCCGAUGAGCUCACCAGAUUGGAUGCCUACACAGAGAGUGUUAUCCAGAGGAUCUGCCAGUGCAUGUCGGAGGUGAUGGAGCACUCCAGAGACAAGGUGCAGGAGAACACGCUGGCCAAUGGAGAAUCAAAGACGCACCAGAAAAGCGCCCAGUCGCCCGCUAAAGCUUACUUCCAGGCUCUGCUGGUGGAUCUGACCAGUUACGUGACACACUUCCAAUGGGACAGAGCCAAGUACUCCACCACCCUUCCCCUGAGAACCCUGACAGAGGUCAUCUCCAAGCAAGUCUUCCAGACAGAAUCGGAUCUGAAGUCUCGAUCUGCGGCCUACAGUAAUGUGACGUCCAGCCUGCAGUGUUUAGAGCACAGGAUAGAGGGGAGUCUUCAUAUUCGCACGCUGACAGACGUGGUGAAGAAAGAAGACCUGGUGCUCGGCUCAGAGUACCUGACCACUCUGCUGGUGGUGGUGUCCAGGGAGAACUUUGCGGAGUGGGAGAGGACAUACGAGUCUCUGUCUGAGCUUGUGGUCCCUCGUUCCAGCAGGAAGUUACUGGAGGAGACGGAGGGCGGGAUUUUCACUGUCACCCUCUUCAAGAAGGCCGUCAGAGACUUCAAGGCCGAGGCCAGACAGCACAAGUUCACGGUGCGAGAGUUCAGCUUCGAGGAGUCCCAGAAGCAGGAAGAGGAAAUGACCCGGCUCCACGCCAAUAAGAAGGAGCAGUAUGGGACCUUCGUACGCUGGCUCAAGGUGAACUUCAGCGAGGUGUUCAUGGCCUGGAUCCAUGUGAAGGCGCUCCGGGUGUUUGUGGAAUCCGUGCUGAGGUACGGUCUCCCGGUGAACUUCCAGACUGUUCUUCUGCAGCCAGACAGGAAGCGGAGCAAACACCUGAGAGAGCUGCUCGACUCCCUGUACACCCACCUGGACAGUGCUGGUGCAGCCAGUAAGCCUGAUGUGGGGUUGGACAUCCCUGAUAUGAGCAUGGCACCCCAAGAGUACUACUCUUACAUCUUUUACAAGAUCAACAUCAACCUGCUGACCAACUAGGCACCCCAACUCCCCCCCCCCCCCCCCCCUCCUCCUGACACAGCAGAACAAAUCCCUUUAAACAGAUAUGAAAUGUUGUGCUUGGUCACGAUUCAUGAAACAAGACUAGGUUUUUACAAAAUAAAAUAAAAUGGAAAUGGAUGCUUGUACUGGAUAUAUUUUUGAGGCAUUUGAUCUGUGCAGCAGCAGGAGUCCGUCUCCGGCGAACUGUUCAGUGGGGCCGUGUCAGAGAGCUGUCUGUUGAGUCACUGGCCUACUCGCAGAAAACAGACUCCACAUCUCCUCACAGACAGCCAUCCACCCCCGUGAGUCACACCAGGGGCCCUAACCACUCCACAACCAGCUCCAGACUCAAGACUGCAUCAAGACUGUGAGUUUAGGGCUAUAAACACCAGUAUGUUUGUUUAUUUUUACUUUUUUUUUUUUUGUAACCUAGUGAAAAUUAUUUAUUUUUUCCUGGGUAUUUAGACUGAAAUGGCUAAAUGCAGUUUGGAGAAACGAGGCGCUGUAAAUAAAGUGA